AUGCAUGUAGCACGUGCGCUUCUAGAUUCCAGUUCGCAAACUAGCUUCAUCACAGAAGAGUUGGCAAAUAAACUAAAAUUAAGUAAAAUCGAUUCAAAUUUGGCAGUAUCGGGUAUAAACAACUUAGUAUCACAAAUAAGGCAUAGAUGCAACGUGACAUUGUAUUCCAUAUGUAAUGACUUUAACGUUGAUAUUUAUUGUUACGUUAUAAAACAAAUCACAGGUAAACUACCAGAUAUGAGGAUAAAUAAAAUUGACAUGAGAAUUCCUGGUAACAUAAAGCUAGCUGAUCCAAAUUUCGAGAUACCUGAAAGGAUAGACAUUUUAAUAGGAGCAGACGUUUUCUGGAAACUUUUGUGCGUCGGUCAGAUAAAUCUAGGCCCGGAUAGUCCGAUAUUACAAAAAACGCGAUUCGGAUGGAUUAUAGCAGGUCCUAUCAAUAAUUUUACGCAAAAAACGGUUUGCAAUUUUUCUAAAAAUAUCGACGUUCAAGACGAUCUAUCCAAAUUCUGGGAAAUCGAAGAGAUAGAUUCAAGAAAACCUCAUUCAGUCGAAGAAGAACUUUGUGAAAUGCACUUUUCUAAAAAUUUUACGCGUGAUCAGGACGGGCGAUUCAUAGCCUCAAUACCGUUUAAAGAUAGUUUGCAAAAAUUAGGCGAGUCACGUAAUUUGGCAGUUAAAAGAUUUUAUCAAUUAGAAAAUAAAUUGCAAGCAGAUGAAACGUUGCGUAAGUUAUAUGUAGAUUUUCUCAGAGAAUAUGAAUCAUUAGGUCACAUGACCAAAUGCGAUGGUAAGCUUAACGACAACGUACAAUAUUACAUGUCACACCACGGCGUUCUUCGCGAAUCAAGACUCACAACAAAAUUGCGGGUGGUUUUUUAUGCCUCUGCGUGCACAACAUCCGGAUUGUCAUUGAACGACCUGCAAAUGACCGGCCCGGUUAUUUAA